AUGGCCGCUCCCGGUAGCAGCAAUACUCCUGUCACCCAGGAUACGCCCAUCACCAUCAAGAUCUCCGUCAACGACUCCCUCAAGAAGUUGAAGCUGCCCCUGCGGGAUCUCGGAGCUGCAACACUGCUCCCCAAGGUGCGUACAUGAGCUCGUGAUCCGCCCCUCGUCAGGCUCGCCGCCCAGGUGCCUGGACACAUAUCAUGCACUUCCACAGAAUGCUCUUUGUUGCAAGCACGUGAAGCGGGGUACUGAUGGUCAUUGUUACACAGCUCCGCCAGGUACUCGACAUCAAGUCCGAUCAGCAUGUCGUCCUCGAGCGCUACUCCGAUUCCGCUGGCGGCUAUAUCGCUCUCAGCGAGGCCAACGCGCAAGCCUUCAAGACUCUCAUCCGCGCCGCAAAGGCCAAGCUGAAACUGCGUCUGAAGGCCACCGUCAGCCCCGUCGAGGUGUCGGACCCAGCCGAGAACAACAAGGAGGUUCAGAUGGAGGAGACGAAGAUUCCAGCAGCGGUACGUACAUCACAUCACAUACUCAGUGCUCCUCGCAGAGACUCAUGGUACCUUCAGAAUCUCUCGCGCGAUUCCAUCGCCUUCGAUCGACGCUCGGUGGGCAGCGGCAUCUUCCAGUUCCGCGAGGCUCGCGCUUCUCGGCAGACACUGGUCAACGACGAGGCUCCAGUCCCACAGCCAUUCACCGCCGACCGCUCCAGCUUCUUUGACAAGCUCGCUCCUGCAUCUGCUCAGCCACAGCCCAGCCUGGCCUUCCGACCACGUGAGCCUGUGCUUCCCGCUGUAUGCCGUACAGCUGCAUGGUCCGUCUACUGCAACGCUUGCGACAAGGCCAUGGCAAACGAGCACUACCACUGCAGUAUUUGCGAUGACGGUGACUUCGAUCUCUGCCAGGAGUGCGUCAGCGGAGGCAAGCUCUGCCCAGGAACCGGUCACUGGCUCAUCAAGCGCUUCAUCAAGGACGGUCAAGUCAUCACUAGCACCACCGAACGUAUCUCUCCACGCAAAGUCAAGUCUAUUCCAUCUUUGAUCAAACAGGAGCCGGAGGCGGAGAAAGAGAUGCCCGGUGCUUUUACUGAUGAGACCAAGACGUUGGCUGAGGAGCCACGCGUGCCAACCCGCACUUGCAACAGCUGCGUGAUUGUUCUUCCUGAGCGCGAGUUUGUCACUUGCACCUCCUGCGAUGACUUCGAUCUGUGCAUCAAGUGCCACACUGCCGAUGCUCACGGCCACCAUCCUGCUCAUGGCUUCAAGCCUGCUACAGAAGAGACCGUUCUUCCACUGUCUGCCGAGACCAAGCUUGCACCUGGCCGCAAUGUUCGACACAAUGCGAUUUGUGACGGCUGUGACAAGAAGAUCUAUGGCGUCCGCCACAAGUGCUUGAACUGCCCCGACUGGGAUUACUGCAACGCUUGCAUCAAGAAUGCUCGCAACACUCAUCCACGCCACCGGUUCGCCGCUCUCUACCAGCCUAUCGCUGAUCAAGGUCCGUCCAUGGUUCGACACUUUGGCAUCUACUGCGAUGGUCCACUGUGCGGCAACAAGACCGAUCAGUCUUACAUCCAAGGAGUGCGCUACAAGUGCACCAUCUGCCACGACACGGACUUCUGCGCUUCUUGCGAGGCUUUGCCAAGCCACCACCACAAUCGUACUCACCCCCUCAUCAAGCUCAAGACUCCUGUUCGUAACGUGAACGUCUCCACCGAGAACGAGGAUCUUCGCGGCAACGUGCGCGUCAUGGGCGAUCGACGUCAAGCUUCGGUGGCCCCCAGUUUGCAGAGCGUAGCUACUGAGACCACCCCGGUCCAACAAGCUAACGCUGCCACCCAGGUUCACACUGUGGCCGAGUUCACUCCGACUGAGGUCAAGAAGGAGGAGACUCAGACCGCCGCUGCUCCAGCCAUCCCUGCUGCGGUCCUCAACGCACACUUCGUCUGUGACACCAUUCCUGAUGGCAUGGUUGUGCAACCUGAGUACCGUUUUACACAAAUCUGGACCCUCAAGAACCCAGGUCCACACGCUUGGCCAGCGGGCUGCAGUGUCCGUUAUGUCGGCGGUGACAACAUGUUAAACGUCGACAACAGCCAUCCAGUCCCAGUCACGGCUAUCGCCGAUGCUACCGAGAGCAACGUGGUCGGCCGUGAGGUUCAGGUGGGCGAGGAAGUCGCUUUCAAGCUGAUUCUCAAGGCUCCCGCGCGUGAAGGCAAGGCCAUCAGCUACUGGCGCCUCAAGGCUGCCGAUGGCACUCCGUUUGGCCACCGCCUGUGGUGCGACAUUGAGAUUAAGAAGGCCGAGCAGCCGGCAUCAGAGCCCACUCCACUGCAGCUCCAAGAGCAGCAGCUUGCAAUGCAGCGUCUGCGCAUGCAGCAGAUGCAAAUGGCUCGCCAGGCCGCUCAGCAGAAGGAGCGCGAGCAGCAAGCUCGUCAGCAGGCAAUGAUGCAGCAGCAUUUCAUGCGUCAAACCCCACAGCAGUCUCGCCCACAACCCCGCACGAUUCCAUCUGAGCAACCACCAGCAUACGAUGUGAACUUGGCCGCUCGUCUCGCACAGCAGAAGCAGCGCCGCGAGCAGAUGGCGGCUCAGCUGAAUGCUCAGCGUCAGCAACUUCUGGCUCAGGUCGAGGCAUUUGCCCCGAGUCGGGAAGCCGAAGAUUUGCCGCGCUUCGCUUAUCCGUCGGGUACCAAGUUCGACAACAUGCACGAAAAGGAGCACCGCGACGCUCUCAAGCAGCGUGUCGCGGCCCUCAAGGCCAACAUUCUCAAGACUCGUGAGGAGCGCGAGAAGCUCGCAGAAGACUUCAACAAGCAGAGGGCUGCCGACGCUGAAAAGAAGGGCUCGGACGACAUCGAGAAAGUUAAGAAGAUCGUAGAAGAGGUUGCCAAGCAGACCGAUGCUGAGAAGGAAGACCCCGAGGAGUCUCUUGAGGGAAGUGAGAUGGUCUUCCCUAAGCUCGACAAAGAGUCUCCUUCCAGCAGUACCUAUCAUUCCGCCACAAGCAGCUCUGCAAAGGGCAAAGCUGCCUAUGUGGAGAACGAGGAUGGCGAGGUUGAGCGUUCUGCCACUCCAAUAGCCGCGCAAGCUCCAGUCCCGGCCCCGAUGUCUCCCACGGAGGUCGGUGAUGACUUUGUCGAUCUCGAUGAUGAGCUGGAGGUUCUCUCCGCGAAUGGUGAGGAGAGCGACGAUGACGGAUUCCUGACCGAUGAGGAAUACGACAUUCUCGAUGCCUCUGACUCCGAGACCGUAGCGUCCAGGCACUGA